AUGGCGGAUCCCGUACAUUGCCUUCGAGGUGCCGCAAUCACCAUUGCUAUUUGGAAUCUUAUCUAUUCGCUGAUUCAACUCGUAAUUUUUGGAUGGCAAACGAAAUUUGUUAGAGAUAUUCAAUGGCAAUUCGAAAAUAGACAAAUGCCCUUUCUUGGAGUAAAUCCUUUUCAAGCAAGGUUUCCUGGUUUAUACGCAAUGUAUUCCGAAUCGCCAGAGCGUAGACGAAUAAAUAGUUAUGUCAUUUUCUCUUCACAGUUAUUAAUGAAACCGAACUGCGUAUGGCCGUGGUUCUUCAGUGCAGUUCCUAUUAUAGGUUUUUCGACGACAUAUGCUAUUCUAUGGUGGACAGGUGAUGUUUUCGGUCCACAGUUGACUAUGUCUGUCGCUGAAUUCGUAAUGUCAUUAGCAAUCAAUGUGGGCAUUUUUGAAAUUUUAAUUUUGAAAAUAACUUUCAAAAUUAUUAACCCAGGAAAGCCAAGUAAAUCAUUACCACCAUGGAGACGACAAUGGAACGAUACGCCUCCAAAAAAAUUGAGGCAAAAAAUUGAACGUCGAAGUCGAUCACGAAAUCGUGAUGAAUUUAAUCGACAAUGUGCUCCUCGGUAA